AUGUCAAGCAGAUCAAACGUGAAAAGACCGGACAGCAGCGUACGGGAUCGGAAGCUGGAGCCGCUCUAUGCGCAGCUGAAGAAGGUGGACCAGGAGGUCACUGCUGUGCGCAAGCAGAUUGACGAGAUGCAGGUGGGCGAAGGGUCGCAGGAGAGCAAGCAGAAGCUGCACGAGCAGCUGAAGGAGAUCAUACGGGCGCAGUCGGACCUUAAGGGCAAGCGCCAGCAGAUCCACGACCGGAUCAAGCAGCUCGACGCGCAGAUCAAGCGCAAGACGGGCGAGGUGGCGGAGCGCGUGGGGCGCAAGAGCGCGUACUCGAGCGGCGAGGAGAUCCGGGAGCGUCUGGCGCAGAUCGACGAGGAGAUUUCGUCGGGCGGGCUGUCGCUGGUGGAGGAAAAGCUGCGGGUGAAGGAGAUGCAGGCGCUGAACAAGCUGGCGAAGGACCUGCAGCAGGUAGAGCCUGUGAAGCGGUCGAUCGAGGAGGACCGCGCGGCGAUUGCGGAGCUGAAGGCGAAGCUGAACAGCCUGAACCCGAAGGAGGUGUCUGCGCAGUUCGAGUCGACGCAGGCGAAGCUGAACCAGCUGCAGUCCAAGAACCAGGUGGUCUACGACCAGCGCUCGCGGCUGUUCACCAAGCGGUCCGCGCUGUACAGCAAGCGGGACGAGAUCUUUGCGCAGAUCAAGAAGAUCCGCGGGGACUUUGACAACGAGUUCAAGGCAUACAAAAAGAAGCUGGACGAUGACCGCAUAAAGCGCGAGGAAGAGGAGCGUAUUUCACGCGUGCUCGAGGACAAGGAAGAGAAGAUGGGCAAGUUGCAGGAGAAACUGAUCCACGCGCACAAGCCCGCCUUCGCGUACGAGAUCAGCGCAAUCGAGACUGCGCUCUUCUCGCUCGACCCCACGUUUGUGAAGCCAGCCACGAACACAAUCGAUUUCCCUGGCUCGCAGCCUGCCAAGCCUAUCAAGAAGGUUGAGGCAGACGACUUGGUGCCAAUUGUCAAAAAACGCGAGGAGUUCUUCCCCUCGUCCGCUGUCUCGAAGAACAAGAAGAAGCAAGCUUCUGCCGCGGCCGCCGCCGCGGGCAAUGGCAAGUUCUCUCUUGAGCCUACCUUGAUUGUCGUGCUUGCUGAUCUUGAUGUCUCGGUCCCUAUGACCAAGGACGAUGUUCCUGCCACCGUUGACCAGUUGAAGGCCAAGUACGAGGACUUCUUGGCUCGGCAGGACGAGCAGACCAGCAAGAAUGUCGCUGAGGCAGAAGCCGCAUUGGACAAGUUGGAAUUGGAGUACAAGGCAAAAGAGGACCAGGUCAGAAAGGAGUUGGAGGAGAAGAGAGCAAAGGACCAGGCCGCCAAGGAAGCCUCCGCAUCGCAAUAA